AGACGAAACUUCAAAUGCAAUAUUAAAUUUAAGAAUGACUCACAAAUUUGAACACAAAUGUCGAACAUCGGUACCAGUACGACAAACUGUAUAGCUAUGUAUUUAUAUUGUAUCAAAAUCAUCUAAAACUAUAAAACGAUGCUUAUGCUGCCAAAAUAAACAAGCAGACGCGGUCAAAAUUGAACGGUCGAAAGGUCCGGAUUCGGACCGCUGUCCGCCAGUUGAGUAGCCCUGAUUUAGACUAGUCUACAAUAAUUGUAUAUUUUUUCAUUUUGUUUCAGUGUUUCAUACACCUAUCUGCCAAUUGUUUCAUACACCCAUGUGCCCAUGUUAGCAUGUGGUAUUUUAUCCCCACGAACAGUUUGUCAUCAGUCACUGUUUCAAUCUGUAGUUUUUGUGUAAUUUUUUAUAAAAGGUACACUAAUAUUGGGUCUUCUUUCAAACUGAAUUAGGAUUAUAUUAUUUAUUGCCACAGCAGUUUGCUACUAACAAUUGGAUAUAUUUACAUAUCAAGAACAAUUACAGUAAUACCUAUUUUUCUGGACCUAAAACUUUUUUGCGACCUAACAACUCACAGCAUUAUGAUGCGUUAUCUGCUGUUCGGAUUGUGUUUGGUAUUUUCGGUCCAUUUCGUCAGAGGUCAAAAUACAACAGUUACGAAUCCUACAACUGCUUCCACUACUAUAUCUACAACAGCUGUUGCAUCUUCCAACGUGACUGGCGUGGUCACGAAUUCUACAAGUAUUACAUUCACAACUGUUCCCACUUCUUCAACCACAACAACUGUUGGCGGAGUUUUGAAUUCUACAAUUAUUACAACCGCAACUGUUCCCACUUCUUCAACCACAACAACUGUUGGCGGAGUUUUGAAUUCUACAAUUAUUACAACCGCAACUGUUCCCACUUCUUCAACCACAACAACUGUUGGCGGAGUUUUGAAUUCUACAAUUAUUACAACCGCAACUGUUCCCACUUCUUCAACCACAACAACUGUUGGCGGAGUUUUGGAUUCUACAAUUAUUACAACCGCAACUGUUCCCACUUCUUCAACCACAACAACUGUUGGCGGAGUUUUGGAUUCUACAAUUAUUACAACCGCAACUGUUCCCACUUCUUCAACCACAACAACUGUUGGCGGAGUUUUGGAUUCUACAAUUAUUACAACCGCAACUGUUCCCACUUCUUCAACCACAACAACUGUUGCAUCUUCCAACGUAUCAGUAACUUCCAAUGACACUGAUGGGGCUACAACACCCGCAACUACAUCCACUGUUGAUGACAUUACAACAACCACUCCUACACCCACACCUACUGUUGAUCCAUGUGCAGGACAAUGUAACUUUGGUCAAGAAUGUGGCAGUGAUUGUGAAUGCGUAAAUGGCUAUGUUAAAUCAUUGAGCAGUGUGUGUGCAGAUCCAUGCAAUCCGGCCUAUGCCUGGUGCUAUGAAGGAGUUGAAUGUCAACCUAGUGAGAAUAACAUGGGAUACGAAUGUGUUGGUUGUCCACCUGCAUAUUAUGAAAACGAAGAAGGAGAUUGUCUUCAAGGAAAAACAUUUGGUGGGGAGAUAACGUUUGAGAAUGAUUUUGACGAAACAGACCAAGAACAAACAAAGAAGGAUGUUGAAGAGAUUCUUAAUGGCAUAUAUAAUGAAUCGGAAUCAUUUGUAAAAUCUGUUGUUUCAAAUGUUCGGGAGGGCAGUAUUAUUGCAACAUAUGACUUAAUUUAUAAAGAUGAUGAAAGAGUCACUGAUGAAACUGUUCAAAAAUCCUUCGAGAGCCAAACGAAUUGUUCAGCUGGAAAUACCGUCAACAAUACAGACUAUGCUAUAAACUGUACAGGAUCAUUGAAUACUGUGAUUAUUCCAGGACAGGCAUGUAAAAGUGCAGGAUAUUGUGAUUUGAGUACCACUAACUGUGAGGAUACCAAUGGUCGAUACUACUGUAGAUGUAAGGAUGAUACUUUUGCUAAAGUGACCCCGACGGCUCAAGAAUGCUUCAAAAUACCUUGUAUGAGUUCUAGUGAUUGCAACGACCCUUUUGGUACAUGUAAAAAUGGAACAGACAACAGCGCUGACGUCCUUCAACAUUAUUGUUCGUGUAUGUGGGGAUUUGCAGGCAGUGAUUGUUCAGAUCCUUGGAUGUUUGUAUUCACUGUAUCAACUUCUGCACUGGGCCUAAUCUUGAUUAUAGUAGUGACUGUCUGUAUAUGCAACUCAACGAAAUCCAAAUCUAAAAAUAAGAAGGGAGAAAUGCAUGAUGACAUGAAUUUGAAGAAUCCUUUCGUUGACUUCCAGCCUGGAUUGGUUCGAGCUAAAGUACCAGCGAAUAUGUACAGUGUUUCAGAUACAUUCGAUAUGGGAGAAACAAAUGGAGGGAGGCAGUCUCAUACCAAUAACGCCUACAGUCAUGCUUAUGACGAAGUGAGUCCGAAAAAUGCUAACGGACAAGGUGGUGGUGCAGAUUACUUCUAAGUCUUCUCACAGAGUCCUCCAUUGUUGUUUUGGAACUUUUAAAAAACUUUUUUUACUUUAUUUUGUACAUUUAAAUGCUCACUGUAAUUAAUCAUACCAUUGUGUUGUGAGGUGCAUUACUGUCUUGCAUCUGUUUUUCAGCAAUUAAAUAGUAGUUUGAAUAGGUUGCCAGCUUUUUGUUUUGUCGAUAUAUAAGCUUUUGAUUCCUCGCCUUAUGUCAAAGUUUACGUGUUUCAUUACAAAAAUAAAUUAUGUUUUUAUGUAAUGCAAAAUUUUGAAUGAUAUCUAUUGCUUCUUGAGGGACCGUUUUUCCUGCUUUGUCUUGAAUGGUAUUUAGCUCCAGUGCCUAUCUUUGAAAAUAUUUAUCAUAUGUGUGGAUUUGAGUGAAAAAAAUUGAUUCUAAUCAUGACGGAACCACAUUUUUUAUAAUGUAACAAUGGAAAAAUAAAGUGAAACAUACGUCUCUUUAGAUUGAUAGAAAAAGUCAAUUCCACUCACAUCUAUUGAUUUACAAAAUAUCCACUGGCCCCAAAGUAAAUUUGAAUUAAUUCCGUUUUUCGUGAUGGAAAGGAUGGACAUAAUUUCAACUAAGAACGCUUUACAUUAGAAUAUUGUUCUUCUGGCAGGUUAAAACUUUUGACUCAAACUCUCGAAAGCCUUUGUUAGAAUUUAUUUUUUUCUAGUUUUUCGUCCACUCAGAUUUUUAUUCUUAUUAACGACAACAGUAUUGUUCAACUGAGUAGUACUAACUGUAAUAUUUAUUAACUGAUGAAUCGAAAAUUAUUGGAAACUUCACUUACAAUGAAACUUGUUUAUUUCGCUUUUUGAAAUAGUGGACCAUGUUGAUAAGUUCAAUACAAGGCUUAAAUCCAUUUUUUAUAGUAAAGUUAGAAAAAAUCGAUUAUCAUAUACAAUUCACCGAUGUUUUGUUUCACAUUUGUUAAAACAAAAAAUACAUGCUGUCAUAUCAUAUUUCUGUAAACUGAUUUUUUUUAAUUAAACUAUUUUUGAUUAACUUCCAUUCUGCUGGAAUUACAACCUCAAUUCUUUUGAUUCGUCUUAACUUUAUUGGUGUUGGUUUUCUGUAUGUUUGAAUUUAUGUCGGUGUUGUUAAACACUAUCAAAGCACUAAAGAGCAACAAUGAUAGCAAGUGUUUAAUCCUAUAGAUGCUUUCAAUUUUACUCUGGUAUUCAAUUCAUAAUAUUUUUUGUCAUUUUUUUUCUAAUCCAUUGAUGCUUUCAGUAUAUCAAUCUUGUAACUGCUUUUAUGAUAUGGCGCUAAAAUGCUUUUUUGAAAUUGAUGUAACAUCUAAGUGUGGCCGAUUAUUCUCACAACACUAAAAGAUAACCAUCAAUUUGGAUUUUUUGUCUUAUUUGUGGCUUAUCCUUA